AGGCCCUCCCUGGUCACGAUCCUUCUCUCUGCUUGGAAGGACCUGCUGACUCAGAGGGUCAGAAGGCCAAUCCUAGAGGUGUCAGGCAGUAGAACUCAGGAGUCAGUCUUAGAGAUUUUAGGUGGAGAGAGAUCAGUCCCGGAAGAGAAGGGCCUACAAAGAGAAGAAAUCUAUGACGUCAACCCUGGGGAAGAUUCAUACCUAUGGGAAGGAGCAAUUGCCUUGUGUGGGCUACAGCCCUAGGAAGAUUCAGCCGUGGUGCCCAGGAGUCCUGAGGGCCCUGAAGCCCAGAACUGCCCCCAGAGGAGGACCUGUCGACUCUUCCUUCCUCAGCUUCCCACUUGCCCACUAGACUGACUUUGUCUGUUCCUGGGAGGGGGAUCUGCAGGUGUUCAGUGUCCACUUGCAGCCCCAAGUCACCUUUCUCAGAGAGAAAAGUUUUGUGAAGGGUCUGGCAGAUUGAGGAUGGAUUGAUGAAAAAGAAAGCAAGUACAGCAAAAUAUUAACCAUGGUAGAAUCUAUGUGGAUGUUGACCAUGGCUCUUCUUGCCCUUCUUUGUGCAUCAGCUUCUGCCAGCGCCAUUCAGGCUAGGACCUCGUCCUACAAUGGAGAGUAUGGAGGCAGUGGAGGACAGCGAUUCUCUCAUUCUGGCAACCAGCUGGAUGGACCCAUCACUGCCCUCCGUAUCCGAGUCAACACAUACUUCAUUGUGGGUCUCCAGGUGCGCUAUGGCAAAGUGUGGAGUGACUAUGUGGGCAGCCACCUGGGAGACCUGGAGGAGAUCUUUCUGCACCCUGGGGAAUCAGUGAUCCAGGUGUCAGGCAAGUACAAGAACUACCUGAGGAAGCUGGUCUUCGUGACUGACAAGGGUCGCUACCUGUCUUUUGGGAAAGACACAGGCACGAGUUUCAACGCUCUCCCCUUGCAUCCCAACACCGUGCUACGAUUCAUCAGUGGCCGAGCUGGCUUGUUCAUCAAUGCCAUCGGCCUGCAUUGGGACGUCUACCCCAGUGACUGCAGAAGCUGCUGAAUCCCAGCCUUCUCCUAGGCAGGGCACUGCAGUGGGAAUGUGAGAAUCCCCUUACCGCAUGGCUCAAUAAAAAAAAAAAAAGACCU